AUGCCCACCGUGAAAGAACCUCCUGAGACCCCGCCGGCGCCGCCAGAAGAGCUCGAUUCUUCCGAAAUUUUUUGGCGAGACAUCCAGCCUUGGCUACAAAGCAGCGGAUACCAACUGCGCCGGCGCUAUCGUCCCAGAUGGGUCCCAGCAUGGAAGCAGCGCAAAACUUCGCUCUUCUGGUGGGAAUUUGAAGACUCGAUAAAGGCGCAUCACCCGUCAGUGAUGGACGCAAAGCGCAUUUCGGAUGAGAAGCCGGUGAUGCUCAAACGGAUCCUCGUGUCAGAGCAUCCUCACGAGGAGGAAGUAGCGAAAUACCUCAGCUCCGUCUCCGAUACGAAGAACCAUUCAAAUGUUCUCCUUGAGGUUCUUACCCCCCCUGGGGACGAGGACGUGAAGAUUCUCGUCAUGCCUUUGCUUCGGCGCUUUGAUGAUCCUCCCUUUGAUACCAUUGGUGAAGUCGUUGAAUUUCUCCGUCAAAUCUUCGAGGGACUUCAAUUUCUGCACCAUCAAAACAUUGCUCACCGAGACGUGGGUGUUUUGAACAUACUUAUGGACGGGUCGAUGUUCCCAGACGGCUAUCACCCUGCGUGUCAAUCGAGGACACCAGACUUCAAGCACAAAACCCGGUUCGUCUCUCGGACCAGCUCUUCGCCUCGAUAUUUCCUCAUUGACCUUGGCUUGUCGAUUCGGUUCAAUGAUUCCGAAAAACGCCUCGUCGUCCCUAUUCGCGGAGCCGACAAGACUGUACCCGAGUUCAAAGAGCACCCAGGAGCUCUCUAUGACCCAUUUCCAACAGAUAUAUACUAUCUGGGUAAUUUUAUCAGAGAACAUUUCUUCGAGGUAGACUUAUCCGGCUCGGAUUCGCCGGUCAAGGCAAAGUUAGGUCUUGAGUUCAUCAGACCAUUAGUAGACGAAAUGUGCUGCUCAGAUCCACUGAAGCGACCUUGCAUCGACGACGUUGUUCAGCGGUUCGAGACGAUUCGACGAUCGCUGCCAGAACGCAAACUCAAGUCUCGAUUGGUCAAUAAGGACGAAGACUUUAUCGAGUCGGUAGAACUGGGCUUUGCACACUGGCGCAGGCGAAUACAGCAUCGUAUUCACCAUGAUCCAGUCCCAAUUCCGUAGCAUACAUCCCGUUCUACACCCACUGCAACUGCUUCGUUCUUUUGUGCAGAUUACCCCAUUAUGACUUGGCUAUGACCGCUCGUCAACACUUACCUACCUUUCUAUACCCUCUCUUUCUACGCGCGAUAUCCCGUUUCAGAUUUGAAAUGAGGUGGGCCAUCAUCGCGUUCUAAAUAGGCGUUGAUUGCUUGUUUUGACAUUACUACACUCUCAAGUUCACCGCUACCUCCAUAUCGAUAUCCAAGACUUUACAAACGAUGAGUAGGUUAGAGUUGAUAUAAAAUAAUACAUAUACUACAUUCGCAACCGUGAUUGUGAGUCAAGUCCCCAUUAUUGAGUAUCGUUAGUGUUGGUAUCAGAAGUCGUAAGUAGAGGUGUUCGUUCCGUUGCGGUUUCAGGGGAGGUAGGCCGUGAAUGUGAUGGUGCAACGGGUGUUCGUGAUUCUUCCGUCAGAA